AUGACGGGGAACAGCGGCAGUGACCCGAGGAGGCCGGGGAAGGUACAGAGGUAUAAACCUCCCACCACAGACAGCUCCCCCACCCUGGAUGACCCAACCCCAGACUAUAUGAACCUCCUGGGCAUGAUCUUUAGUAUGUGUGGCCUGAUGCUGAAGUUGAAGUGGUGUGCGUGGAUUGCCGUAUAUUGCUCCUUUAUCAGCUUUGCAAACUCUCGCAGCUCCGAAGACACCAAGCAAAUGAUGAGCAGCUUUAUGUUGUCCAUCUCAGCAGUGGUCAUGUCCUACCUACAGAACCCGCAGCCCAUGUCUCCUCCGUGGUAA